AUGAGAGCAUGCGAUAAGGUUUUGAAGGACAAAAAGAUUGUCGAGAAGAUACUUCGGACCUUAACACCACAGUACGAUCACAUCGUGGUUGCCAUAGAGGAAAGCAAGGAUCUUGAAACAAUGAAAGUGGAAGAACUGCAUAAUUCUCUAAAGGCGCAUGAACAAAGAUUAAUUGAAAGGAGGAAUGUAGAAAAGGUGUUGGUUCAAGGCACAAAUAAAGCCUUGCAAGCCAGAAAUAAUCAAAGCUUCAAGAGUCGAGGAGCUGGAAGAGGCAAAGGACGGAUACACGGUGGCCGAACGGGUGGUAGAAGCAUAAACUCCUCUGAUCAGCACAUGGAAGUUAAUGGCAGUGAGCAAAGUGAGGGAAACAAUAGAGGAGGAAGACAAUUUAGAGGCAGAGGAAGAAGAGGGCAUGACAAAAGAAACGUUCAAUGCUACACCUAUAACAAAUACGAGCACUACUCUCCAAAGCACUGGCACAAUGAAGUCGCGAAGAAGACCAAGAAUGACGAGGCGACAAAUCUUGCUCAGGAGCCGAGAGCAACAAGCCAUGCAGAUGCGUGUCACUGUGGUACAAACCACGUGUUGUACUCGGAGAAGAUGAACCAUGCAGCGAAUGAUGAAGAAGUUAAACAUGUGUUGCUGUCAAGUGAAGAUACGCAUGAUGUUGAUGAAGAAACUGAACGGUUGUCGUCUUCAAGUGCAACUGAUGAAGAAACCGAACAACUAUCGUCCUCAAGUGCAGCUGGUGAAGAAACCGAGCGGAUAUCGUCUUCUAGUGCGGAUGAAGAAACCGAACGGUCUUCAAAUGCAGUGAAUGGCAAGAGGGAAUGGCUGAUAGACCUGGAUACAAGUUUGAGAAGCAGCGUGAGAUUUGCCGACAACAGCGUGAUCAUGGCUGAAGGGGCUGGAAAAAUACUGAUCACACGCAAAGAUGGUCGAUCGACUUACAUGAACAACGUGCUGUAUGUUCCAAAUAUGAAGGGCAAUUUACUGAGUCUGGGACAACUUCUGGAGAAAGGCUACACCAUGUCGAUGCAUUAG